CGGAUAUUACAAAGCUGUGGGGGUAGAGCAGGAUAAAGCAACACGACAGGAGGACUAUACACAGGAAUUACCUAUUGCCUGUGGGGGCGUUAAACAUUGACCCGCCAACUAGGAAAAUGUCAGGAAGAAGGGAACUCGGAGACAUAGGAAGGAACAAUCAAGAGAGGAAGACGUCUCAGGGGACUCAGAAGAUGAAGUGAGAGUGGUGGGCGUGGAAAUCGAGCCUACACCCACUGUUGAGGCCUUCUGCGAUUUGUUCCAGAACUAACCUCUAACGGAGAGGAUCAGCCAGAGCAUAUAUAUGGGGCACAAGAGGAAGGAAUUAGGGACAGGGAUUGCCCCGAAAACAUGCCUAUAGGCGUUCUCAGAAGAACAGCUAGGAGACCAGAGAACAGGUUAAUCCAUGGACGUGUAUUUAGACAGAAAUCGGAAAUGGUUGCACUUCUGGGGAAACAGCGCCCAUUUCAAUUUAGGAGGAAGGGUGACUGCAACACCCCAUGACAUUUAAGGUGGUUUAAUUAAGAUCAACAACAUGCUGAAAUCAGCUGUAAUAAGUUUACUUUUGAGGUGCCAGACUCAAAAGUUGAUGGUUUUUCGACGAUCUCCCAUCUUCACAUGCAAAAGAAAGCUUCAUGACAACAAUAGCAGAAGCAUGAACAAAGCACCAUGUACUUUAACUGAGGAGGAUGCUGAUCAAAAUACUGUCACUACGGUGGUGGAACAGAUCAUUAAUAUUAUUUCAGGCCAACUAAAUGCAAAUAAUGUUAGAGCUUACAGUGAAAUUCUUCGUCGUAUAACUACAUUGGAUAGAGUUGGCUGCUCAUUGGCUGAAACACAGAACAACUUGGAUGUUCUCAAACUUACAGAGCAGGAUGUUUUGCAGAGAGCUAGAAUCUUGAAGGGACUGGGACAGUCAGAGAUUUCAGUUGAUUUGCUGAUGAUGGUGGGCUCAAAACCAGCAGAGAAAGUUGGCCGUCUCCUGGCAGAGAGAAAGAAGAUGAUCAAGUUUCUCUGUAAAGUGCUGGACUGCUCUGAACCUGAGCUGGAGGUUUUGAAACAAAAGAACAAACAUCUGAAGAGAGUUUACUCACGCAGCGUAAAGGACCUGGAGGAAAAAGUGAAGUUUCUGCAACAAUAUUCCAUUAGCAACAGAGACUUGAGGGAUGCACCAGAGAUACUAAACACCAGAAUGUCAGUACUUGAAGCCCGAAUGGUCAUGCUUCAUAAAUUGAAGGAAGAAGGAAAGCUUCACUUUGAGAAGUGGCCGUUGAAUACAAUAGCUGCUACAAAAAGCAUUUUUAAUUCUCGAGUUAAGCAAGCCUUAGAGAAUCAGCGUGAGAUAGACGGUUCACCUUUAAGUUACUCUUCUAUUGCCAAGUGCUUAGGUGUGACAGAGAAAGACAUUUGCGAUGUAAGCAUCAACAUCCCGAACCUGUUUCCCUCCGUAGCGAACAGAAAAAUCAGAUACCUUCUCGACCAAGGCCUGCAUCGCCAUGACAUCUUGAACCAUAUGUAUGUCCUAAAGCAUCCCAUGAGCAAACUUAAAGUGGCCUUCAAAAGAUGUCAUGAGAUAGGCUUUACCCAGCCACCCAUCAACAUGGUCCUGACUUUCAUUCGCUCUGCCCGGUUGCCCCAGUCUUCUGGUUCUAUAGCCCGCAAUCACUGGUAUCUCUGCACUCUUCUUGGUGUGACAAAAUCCCAGCUUCCACACAAGGAGUCAUGCAGACCUGUGUGGUCAGCUGACAGACUGGUCAUCAAGCGUAAUUAUGACUUUUUAACAUCUAACGGCUUUGGAAAGGAGGAUAUUCUAAGUUGCAUCACUAUUCUGGCUCAUGACAGUAACAUCCUUCAGGAGUAUUAUCAAAAGCUGUGGCAACGACCUGAUGUAAAACCUUUUGCAGGGCUUGAGGUAUGGCAAGACAGGAAACAUGUUCUUAACCUCUUGCAAUAUGUGCUGGAAAAGGACAUGAACUUUCACGCUGUGGCAUUUAAUGCAUAUGUUGAGCUUGGUGAUGAAGGACACAUAACAGAUGACGUUAGUGAGAUUGAAGCAGAUCAUUCAGAGAAUGAGUUAGAAUGGCUUUGAUAGUGGAUGGAGUGCUAAAGAAAUGCAGUAAUUGCUGAAAGUUUUAUGGCUUACAGUGUAUUGCUAGUCCUUUCCUGAGACCAUUUUCAGGGCUGCUGCAGUGUAUAUUUUUAUAAGAAAUUUGUAAGAUUUAAGGCUGAUGAACAGAUGCUGACCAAUCUGAGCUAGUAGUGAGAAGUCAUGUAGGUAAGGAUUAGUGUAUCAGCAGGAAGCUAGUGACAUCUCACUAAGUCUGUACUGAUAAAUUUAUGCUAUGUUAGAAAUAAAAUUCUUUGGAUAUAUAUAUAUCCUAUAUAAACUGAUGUUACAAAGACAAGUGUCAUAGUCAUCUUUAUAUAAAUUAUCACAAAUUUCAGGCAGAGUGAAAUGUUUAUGAAGCAAUUUUGAGUACUUAUACCGAUUAUCCAACAGCUAUGCCAGUAAUUAAGUUUUAUUUUUCUGUUUCCAAGUAAAAACGUUAUCUUUUUA